UAUUUUCUGGGGGCCUAAGGGAGACAAUGGCUUCUUGUUCCUUGCUGGUUAACCCUGGCUCUGUAGGGCUGACCUGGAAUUUCACCAGUCUUCCCUAAGCCGGCGGGGGAGGACAAACCAGCGGCCACCUCGGCGGGUGGGGAUGGAGCGCGGCAUCGCGGGCACUCCGGCCGAGGCGCGGGCAGCGCCGGGCUGCUGGCGGGUCGGAUCCUCCCUUUGGGUUUAGUUUGAGUGCCGGCGGUCAUGGACUGCGGUAACGGAUGCUCUGCAGAAUGUGCCGGAGGAGGAGGCGGCUCCAAAGAGGUGGUGGAGACGUUCAAGGCUAAAGAUCUAAUAAUCACACCAGCCACCAUUUUAAAGGAAAAACCAGACCCCGAUACUUUGGUGUUCGGAACUGUGUUCACGGAUCACAUGUUGAUGGUGGAGUGGUCCUCGGAGUUCGGGUGGGAGAAACCACAUAUCAAGCCUUUCCAGAACCUGUCCUUGCACCCUGGCUCAUCAUCUUUGCACUAUGCAGUGGAGUUAUUUGAAGGAAUGAAGGCAUUUCGAGGAGUAGAUAAUAAAAUCCGACUGUUUCGUCCAAACCUCAACAUGGAUAGAAUGUACCGAUCUGCUUGGAGGACCACUCUGCCGGUAUUUGACAAGGAGGAGCUUUUGGAGUGUAUUCAGCAGCUUGUGACACUGGAUGGAGAGUGGGUCCCGUACUCAACAUCUGCCAGCCUGUAUAUCCGCCCCACGUUCAUCGGAACUGAGCCUUCUCUCGGAGUCAAGAAGCCUAGCAAAGCCCUGCUCUUUGUAAUCAUGAGCCCAGUGGGUCCUUACUUUUCAAGUGGAACCUUUAAACCAGUGUCCCUGUGGGCCAAUCCGAAGUAUGUUAGAGCCUGGAAAGGUGGAACUGGAGACUGCAAAAUGGGAGGGAAUUAUGGAGCGUCUCUUUUUGCCCAGUGUGAAGGGAUGGAGCACGGCUGUCAGCAGGUGCUGUGGCUCUACGGCAAGGACAACCAGCUAACUGAAAUCGGAACUAUGAAUCUUUUUCUUUACUGGAUAAAUGAAGAUGGAGAAGAAGAACUGGCAACUCCUCCGCUAGAUGGCAUCAUCCUCCCGGGAGUGACACGGCAGUGCAUCCUGGACCUGGCAUAUGACUGGGGUGAAUUUAAGGUGUCAGAGAGAUACCUCACCAUGGACGACUUGACAACUGCCCUGGAGGAGAACAGAGUGAGGGAGAUGUUUGGCUCUGGCACAGCCUGCGUCGUCUGCCCAGUUUCUGAUAUACUGCACAAGGGGGAGUCAAUACACAUUCCAACCAUGGAGAAUGGUCCUAAGCUCGCAAGUCGUAUCUUGAGCAAAUUGACUGAUAUUCAGUAUGGAAGAGAAGAAAGUGACUGGACAAUCGUAUUAUCCUGAAUGAAACAUACAGGACUCUGACUGUCUGCUGUUGGGGUGGAUUCUUGCUUUUGAAUUUGUGGUAGAUAUUUUUAGGCUGCCUGUUAGAAGCUGUGCACAGUGUAGUUUGUGUUAUUAGUGUGUUGCAAGCGUGAUUGUUUUCCUCCUGCCAGAGAAGAUGACGUGCAAUCAUCGAAUAGUGUUUGAAAACUCAGAAGUAGCCGCUUCCCAUCACCCUUCCCAGGCAAAUGUUCUCGUAAGCCGUAGAACAUGGAAUUUUCCUCUGGGAUUCAGUGCCUCCCCUAGACUUCACUCCCACGUUAAAGUGUUUGUUUAUUCUUUGGUAAAAGUUAUGGUCUGCUACUCAACCAAAAGUGAUUGUGUGUGUGUGCUUGAAAGCUGAUUUGAGUAAAUUUCACAAGUAAUGUUUCCCACGACAAGGGGAAACAAGUUUGGUUGUUGUUGUUUUUUAAAGACUCUGAAAAACUGGAUUUCCUCCCAUUACAGUGUUUCACAGGCCUCCCAGGUCCAUCCUAAGAUGAAUAUCUCCCCUCUUGCUGAUGUCACACGUUCUACUUCGAGCUCACCUGGGGCAUCAGUGACACCUGAGCACAUUUCUACCAGUUGCCCUUUCACACGAUAUCGUGAUGCUGUUAGUCAGGCUGCUACAAGACUGAGGGUCUUGUGCCUUAUAGAUCUUAUAGACCCCCAAGGCCAGGCACAUAGUAGGUGUUCAGUAAGUGUUUUGUAUAAUGAAUGAUGCACGUUCAGCUUCUAUAGAAGGGCACUUCCUUUGUUUCUACAGUAAGAAACCUCUUUCUUUGAACUUAUGAUUGAUUCUGAUAUAGUGUAUGUUUACCUCAUACGGGUCUUUAUUUUCCAUGGGCUACUAAGUAAUUAGAGAUACUAUAGGCAUAGUUAUUUGGAGAAAUCAUUUCUUACUGAAGGCUGUCUUGGAAGUGAAGAUAAAGCUCUACAGAGAGGUCAUGAUGUCAUCACAACCAAAUGGAAAUGACCGAUGUUGUAUGUUAUGGGUUAGAUGCAAAAUAAAUCAUCUUUUUUAGGGGGAGGGAUAAAAAAGCAAAGAGGAUAUAUGCUCUGGUUCUUUACUUUUUUUGUACGUGCCCUUUUCUGUUGAAUGGAAAGCAGUUAAAGGUGAUAUUUUCCUCAUUUGAGAGAUAUGAGUUACAAUGGUAUUCUUCUUGGUUUAUCUGGGGGAAAGUCAAAUCUUGAUAGAAAACAUUUAGCCUUAGAAGGUCAGCUCUCGGACAUUGUAUUUUGGUUUGCCUUGGUUCUAAUAACUUUCAUCUUGCUGAUCAUAUUUUAUUCUCUUUUCAAAGCAAUGGUGAACAGAACAUUUCUAAAAGUUUGAUGCAUUGGAAAAAUUUCCUCAAGGCAUUUAGCAACACAUAGCAAAUGGGCUUUGAUUCUUUUUCAAAACUUUCAGCCAUAGGAUCUUUUAUAGACAGAAAUAGCAAAGUGAAAAUUAGAAAAGUAUGCGAUGAAAAGGAAGGGUAAAAAAAUAUCUUUUAGGGGGCUUUUAAUUGGUGAUCUAAAAUUUUGGGAGAGUGUUCUUUCUAAGUCCUAGGAGCUUUUGACUUUCUCCUCUACACAUUCACCAAGUAGUAUUCUAAGGAUAUACUUUUGCCUUGCCUAAAUUCUUUGACUUCAUCCUUUUUUUUUUUUUUUAGACAGAGCCUCAUUCUGUCACUCUGGGCAGAGUGUCACCAUAACUCACAGCAACCUCAGACUCUUGGGUUUGAGCAGUUCUCUUGCCUCAGCAUCUCAAGUAGCCAGGACUAUAGGCGUGUGCCACCCUGCUCUGCUAGUUUUCUUAUGUUUAGUACAGAUGGGGUCUCGCUCUGGCUCAGGCUGGUCUCGCACUCCUGAGCUCAGGUGAUCUCCCCACCUGGGCCUCCCAGAGUGCCAGGAUUAUAGGCGUGAGCCACCGCACCCAGCCUGACCUCAUCCUUAAUAUCGUAGUCUAGAAAAAACUUGUGGGUAAUUUUAGUUGUCAGGUAGCACAUAAUAUAACUAGACUUUGAUUCCUAUGAAAUAGAAAUUAUUUAUUUGCCAUAAUAUAUUUUAUACUGCCCAUCUCUAAAUUUAGUGUGGCAAGACAUGUCCAUUGUGAAAGUUGGAAAACAUCAUAUUGUAUGGUUUCUAUUAUAAAAUUUUAAGAGCAUUUUAAGCCCUUUCUACCAGACCCGGUGACAGCUAAGGGUAUACAUUUUUUUUAAAACUGGAGGUCUCCUAAUACAGAGAACACAGUCUGCCAUUCUCACUUAAGUAAUAAGACAGGAAAUUGACCUUGACACUGUCUUGUUAAAUAGAUUUAAAAGGAACAUCUGCACAUCUUGUUUCCUUGUUCUCUGUUUGUUUAAUUGCAAUGGAUUAAUACAGCAAGAGUGCCACAUUAUAACCAGGCAAUUAUCCUUUCUUCAGGACUUAGUUAUCCUCACGCUAAUUGAUCAUUUAAGGCAUAAGAUAGUGUAGCAUUAAGAACAUGUGAAGCUAAUCUGCUCAAAAAGAUCAACAAAUUAAUAUUGUUGCUGAUAUUUGCAUAAUUGGCUGCAAUUAUUUAGUGUUUAAUUGGGUUGAUCAAAUGAGAUUCAGCAAUUCACAUGUGCAUGAAUAUAAACAGAACUGGUGGCACUUAAAAUGAUAAUGAUGAACUUAUUCUGGUCGUUCUCAUCCACAUUUUCAGUUUUUACAUUUCAGACCAAGUUUGUCAGCUUGUUUCCAAAGCACCAUCAGUAGAGACCAAGAUUUUAAAAUGAAGUGUUAAGAUACAAACAAAACCUGAGCAUUGCCUAAAAGAGAUUUGCUAUUAGGACUUUUCUUUGUUACAGUCAUUUAUUAAGGAUGCAACUCCUACCAAGAGACGAGUCAGUUUCAGGGACCAUGUUUUCUAGUUCAAGGAUGAAUACAUUCAGAACACCUGCUUUAGCCUUUGCUCCCAGGCACACAAAGGAAAAACAAAAGGGAAAGAAGUGACUGAAAAACCUUGUUAGGGAAUCAAGUUUGUUUUUUUUUUUCCUACUCAGUAAACAGUAUCCUCUAUUUUUUCAAAAGAUUUCUGUAAGAGGAGAAGCAAAAAAGAUCAGAGGUAAGCAGCAGUAAGAAAGCCCAGAAUAGCGUCAACUCUACGCUGAUCCAUGAUGGCAGCAGUCCUGCAGAUGGAGGCGUGCAUCACACAUUCUGUUAGUUUUGUUGCUCCAUAAAAUUGUACCUCGAUGUAUAGUCUUGCUUGCCUCAACUCCAGGCACCUCGGGCACUUGAAGGUAUUAGUGAGUGUAUUUUAGCAGUCAAAAGGAUUUUAGGAGUACAUUGUUAAGCUUCAGUUUCAGUUCUGCUUUUGGGUAAUUGUGCUAUGAAAACAGCUGUCAAAGUAAAAAACUAACUUACACUUACUUUUCCUCAGUCCCCCGCGGUGCUCAAAUGCUAUAUUCUGUUUCAUUUUUUUUUUCAGUUGUAUUUUCUUAUUUAUCCUUAUGAUUGGAAAGAAUUUAUUUUGAGCAGAAAGCAAUAUUCACUUUCAAUGAUCGAUAGUUUUCUAGAACAUUUAGAGCAAUACAUAUUCAUCACUAAGGGUUAGAGAAACCCCUUAUUUCAUGUCCUGAUUUUAAAUAUGAUUGGAGAUUAUUCUUACUUGCAAUGUGGAUUUUGUCUUACAUCGAUAUGCAAAAACUUUAGGUAAAAGUAGUAAUGCUAGCAAGUACUUUUAUUGGGCAUUUUAUGUCAGCUGUCUCUUUGUGUUACCAUGAGAAGAAUUUGUGCUGCUGUUUUUCAGAUAUCCUCCCCCAAAGGAAGCAAAGGGUGCCACCCUUUCAGUAAGCAUCUCCUAUUGACAGAGGGGGGUUAUAUUAGUAGUUAACUUGAUAGAUGUUGACUGAGCAUCUACAAAGGUGCGUUUAGUCCAAACAGCAAUAGGAAAUUUGUUUUAGAAAGCAAAUGGCAUGUAGACAUUACCCUCAUGGGGGUUCAUUGUCUAUUUCCUGAACUGAUUGUAGCCACAAUAGCAGUCUGUUAGAAAAUGAAGAGGGGAAAGCCAGAGCAAACUUCUGUUGUCAAGAAAUCACAUGAACAUUUCAUCUCAUUUUUAUUUUUUUUCCUUUAAAAUUUACAUUAAUAUGAGGGUACAUAUGAUCAUUUCGUUUUUAAAGGAAAUUUAUCCUUCUUUAAUUCCUUUCUUUCCCCCAGUGCAAAACUUAGGAGAGUUAGCACUCAGGGUUGUUCAGCUCCUGCCUGUGUGGUGGGGAUCACUGCCUUCUGGUUUACCACCAACUCCGUGUGUUUGUUGACUGCCUAUCUUUUGAUGUAAAACUAACACCAGAGAUUACAGAGUCCUCGCUGAUUUUCUCAAGUUCAAAGCCAGAUUACAUUGAAAUAAAUGAUCCCGGAGUGAAUUUUUCUAGAAAAUAUAUUAUGAUUCACACUGUUUAUUUUAUUUUUUAUUCUUUUUUGUUUUAUUGUUGGGGAUUCAUUGAGGGUACAAUAAAUCAGGUUACACUGAUUGCAUUUGUUAGGCAAAGUCCCUCUUGCAAUUGUGUCUUGCCCCCAAAAGGUGUGGCACACACCAAGCCCCCCCCCCGAAAAGUAUUAUUGUAAUCUUCAGCAAAAUUUCCUCAUGGCUUUAGAUGACUCAUAGAAGAUUCACACUGUUUAAACUGCUCACUUGAAAGGUGAUAUAGAUCCAGCUACUCAAAAAUCAUAUAACCAUGAUGUUUUCAUAGUUUCAGGUUUUAAAUAAGAAAGGCCAUUUAAAAAUAUUAUGAGGACAUUAAUUUUUGCCAUUGCCAAAAAGCCUUCUUAAAAAUGCAAAGAAAGGUAGUGAUUUAUUUUUCAUCUUCAGGAUACCAUAAUAAAAGACUUGUCAGAUAUUUAAUUUGGGAAGGUUGAUGAUGAAACUUAUCAACAGAGUUUUAUAUUUGUGGGUAAAUUAUUCCCUGGGGUCACGUAUAUGUAAACUUAGUGCUUUAAUAAAUGAUGAAGGUAUGGAGUUCAGUCUUGGCCUUUGAAGUGCUCUUUAAAUUACACUCAAUACAAGUAUUGAAGUUUUAAGUCAUCUUAUUCAGGUAGAAAGUGUAUUUUUCAUACCACAAUAAACUCAGAACUUACCAAGACCUAGAACUUGAGUUUCACAAUGUCCAGUGUAUGUGAUCCACUUUGGGGGUGGUAAGAAUUGUUGUAAGCUGUGGUGUAGGAAUGAAUUAAAAUAGUUUCACUGACAUUUCUCUACACAUUGACUGUCACAGUGGGUAGAUCUCUUACUGCUCACGAUUGAAUUAUGGAGAAAAAUGUAAAGAAAUGAAAGAAAAUGAAAAAAUAGCAAAGGAAGAGCAAGCGGAGGUAGAAAAAGAAAGAAAUGAUAGAGGGGAGAAAAAUUAAACUUCUGUGUUGUCCAAAGGAGAUUUUUUCUUAACCGCCAGGCACUGGGAUUUUCAGCUUUCAAUGUAGGUGCCGAAUACAAAUAGUGCCCUUAGAAAGUGAUUAAAUAAACAAGCCAUUCAUCAUUUUAUUAGAAUUAGGCCACAGGGUUGAGGUUCUAAUCGAAGGCUUGCGUCACAUGGAAAACAUUUUAGAUUGCUACCGAUUUGGAUGAGACUUUAUGUUAUAUGUGCAGUUGCUUGGUCAGUGAGAUCUGUUGUGCCAUUUCUUCAACAGAAAUGGCAUUUUAUUCUAAGACUUAGGAAGCUCCUUGAGGCCAAAUAAAAGAAUGAGUGACAAGGAGUAGAUUGUGACUUUUUUCCUUAGCAGUACUAUUUGCCACCAUCCCCCAGUCCUUGCAGAGGCUUGAUUUGGAAGUUGGUGGAGUAUUAGGUUUUAACCAAAAUGUGCGACAGCAUAGUUGCAGGUUUCACGUGACUAUUACAAUCAUUCUCAGGGUUAAGAAAGAAAUGCAAAUAUCUGUCUCAGUUUGUACUUUACUGAUAAGUUUUUGAAGAGUAUAGGAAUUCUCUCAAGAGUCUGGCUAUCUGUAGGUUAGGAAUCAGGUCUUAACAGGAAGCUCACUAAUCUGUUAGGCAUCUAUAAAUUCUGCAGAUGUUUUCCUGGUGACUUAAAAAUGAAUGAUCCCACAUUACACACCCAGUUAGCUAACACUUAAGAGCUGGAGCCUGACUCACUGUUUCUUGUUUCUAAGAAUUUGGGCCUCCUUGAUAUGGUGGCUGAUGGAAAAUAUUUUGGGGAAGUGGUUUUUCAAUUAGAGCCUAUGGGAAGGACCUGAUAAAUUUACCGGUGAAAUUUUCGGAACCUAUUCUCUCAUACCUGAAUCUGAUAGCAGUUACUGUUGUACGAUCACUCUGGCCUUUCCAAAUCUCAAAUGUCUCUAGUUGUGCAGUGACUUAAUUUGCAAAUGAAACUUUGCUUUCAUGAAAGAUUAUUUAAAGGUUAUGUUAAAAAGAUUUUAGCUCACUAGAAGUAUCAUAGCAGAAAUGUGGAAACUACAGUAGGAAAAGGAAACUACCUCAUUCUUUGAAGGUUUUGUAGAAGCACAAUGAAACAUUCUACUGGCUUUGUCGCAUAAGAGCCAUCUGGUAUGAAAAACUAUUAUGUUUGUAUGUGAGAAGGACCUGGAAUAAUUGUAUUUUGCUGGCAAUAGACACAGUCUUUAUUAUUUUCAGGUUCCUUAUCAAAUCUGUAAUUAUCCACAGUUUCUGUCAUCAAUAAAACAACUGAAAAGA